UGUGUAGAGAGAUAGAUAACAUUUAUGGGUACAUAAAAUCAUCCAAAUGAUUUAACCGAAUCGUAGAAUGAAAUAAUACAACAGAGAAAUUUUUAUCAAGAUAAAUUUGGUUUUCAAAAUCUAAAGAAUAACUUGCAUAAAGAAACUCUUUCAUUAUCUUCCUUUGUUCUCGAAUCAGUAAAACCUGCCUAAACGGAAAAACCUUCGAAGCAGAGCCAUUUUUUACGUUAAACAAGAACCUGUUCAAAGCGGAAACCUGAGAUUUAGAUUUACACGGAUUUUACUGUACACUCGUUUCUGGCAAUACACCAAUGCAGAGGUCCAAUUUUUGGAAACUCUUGAAAAAUAAGUUCUGUUAUUUGGACGAGGAGCUGUUUGUGUUCACCAAGUUUUAUUCGAAUUGGAGAUCCGAACGUCUGGACAUAUUGUAAGUGACAGCUGAAGAUGUUACUUUUGUGCUUUCUGGACGACAAACUGAAAAGGCUACCAGCGCCUGCAUUAAUUGAUUAAACAGUAUUUAAAUAUCAAAUUACAUGUAAAAUGUUCAUCAGGAAUUGCCGUUAUUUCUAUCGCAACCCUUCUGUUCUGGCAACACUAGGCAUUAUGAGUGUAGUAUUAUUGCUUUUCAACAUACAAACGCCAUUUUCAGCUGUUCCAGGUAAUCUGCAACGCGUUAGAAGAGGAGAAUCAGCAACCUGUUCAUCUAAAACUAACAUCGUUUUCCUGAAGACCCACAAAUGUGCCAGCUCCACCAUACAGAAUAUAUUCAUGAGAUACGGUGAUCGAAACAAUCUAACCUUUGUCCUACCAGCUGCAGGGAAUUAUCUGGGAAAUCCUGCACCAUUUAGAAGGACCAUGGUACCGGAUCCGUCCAAAUUUAACGUGAUUUACAAUAUCCUGACUCUCCACUCUAGGUUUAAUUACAAAGAAAUGAAAGCUUUGAUGCCGAACGACACGGUUUUCGUCACCAUCUUGAGGAAUCCGGUCGAUCUUUACGAAUCUCUUUACUCUUACCUCAAUUUAGACAGAGUUUACAAAAUGAAUUUAUCAGAGGCCGUAAAUAAACUAAGCUAUAACACGCUAAGUAAACGAAUUAACGAUAAAAUAGGCCUCAAUCAAAUGGUCUUUGAUUUAGGGUUCGAGUACAGCAAACAUGCUAACAGCUCACAAAUUGAGUCAUUCAUCGAAAGAAUUGAUUCGCUCUUCGAUUUAGUAAUGAUCACCGAGAAAAUGGACGAAUCUCUAAUCCUCUUACGUCAUCUGAUGUGUUGGAGUCUCGAUGACGUCUUGGCGUUUAGAGUUAAUGCACGUAGCAGAAAAUCUGUCGUCACAGAUAAAACACGCGAGAAGCUAAGAAGAUUAAACUGGAUGGAUCAACUAUUGUACGAUCAUUUCCUUAAACGUUUUGAAGAUCGGGUCAAGAGGUUUGGAUAUUCAUCCCUACAAAAUGAAGUUAUUCUGUUAAAUCAAAAGAGAUCCAUUUGGUAUGAUUAUUGUGUGAAGGAAACCAGAUCUUAUUCCGAUGGCGUGCGAGCCAAAGUGGUUACGUACAUAAGGAAUCAAAAUUUUAAUGAUUCCUGUGCAAGUUUAACACGUUCGGAACUUGAUUAUAUUGAUUAUCUGCGAAAGAAACAGAAGCAUCUGUUCCGUAAAACAAAACCUUGAAUUUUCUUCGAUUUAACGUAAAUCAAGAAGUAUUUUUUUUUUUACAGGAGAUGAAAAUGCUUUGAUUCUUCCACAUAAAACUACGAAAAAUGAAUCCUUUUUGAAAUUCUAUUGAGGAAUAAACGUGGUGUUUAAUUACAGCAGAGCGUCGUUUAUCCGAAAGUCGGUUAUUCGAAACGUCUGUUAUCCGAAAGAAUUCCAGUCGGCAAAUUUAAAUUUUCGCUAGUGCUGUGGCGCUGCAAUCUUUGGCUAUAUCUUGGGCUACUCCAAUAUUUUUUUGAUUGAUGUGUGUUUUAGCACUGGCAAUUUUGUGUGUCAUGCUGAAUCGAACAUUUUUGAUACUACAUUCACUUCUAAAGUAUAAUUUUUUUUGUUUUUAUAU